AUGACCCGACAAAAAACAAGACACUCGGAGACCAUCAGCGGCCUCCAUCUAGGACCUCAAAUCCGAGUUCAAGCCGCCAAUUCCCCGCCAAUUCCACCAGCCAUGGCGUGGCACAAACCAACCAGCCUCGCACAGGCGAUGCAAUCCCUCCGCCUCACCUCCACCCUCACAAAACCCUCAAUCCAAGCCUCCCGAACAACCCUCAACACCCUCCGCACGCGCACCUACGCAACAGAAGCCGAAUCCGUCCCCGCGGCUGCAGCCCCAGAAAUCAACUUCGGCUCUUUCAGUCAAAAGCCCGCCCGCAUCAUCCCCUCCUCUCCAUCCUACUUCUCCGGCAGCCCGCGGUUCAUCGACCAUGUCCUGCAGUUGGAAGCUCUGCAGGCGAAGCAUGCCGCACUCCCUAUAGUGGCUACCAGCGAGGCACCACGCAUGGCAUGGUUCAAGCUGGCCCAGUUCCGCGAUUUCGUGGGCGAGCCCGUGCCCAUGAAGAAAUACAAGUCGCUAGUCAAGAUCCUGCAGCGGUUGAACCGCAUCGAGCCCGAUAUGGUUCCUACCGAGGUGCGCGAUACUCUCGCCUCAUUCUUGCGUCCUGGUAACCCGUACGCGGUGGAGAAUGUUCCCCAGACGGUGGAUGAGAAUGGGCGCGCUCGCGGGAAGGGAAAGAGGAAGGAGUCUUCAGCUGUUGUGCAGCUUGUUGAGGGUGAGGGUGAGGUGCUGGUUAAUGGAAAGAGUAUUGUGGAAGUAUUUAAGCGUGUUCAUGAUCGUGAGAGUGCGCUUUGGGCGCUGAGGUGUACACAGCGAUUGGAUAAGUAUAACGCUUGGAUUCGGGUGCAGGGUGGUGGUGUUACUGGUCAGGCUGAGGCGAUUACAUUGGCUCUUGGUCGGGCUUUGCUGUUGCAUGAGCCUGGGUUGAAGGCGGUUCUGAGGAAGGCUGGUGCUAUCACAGUCGACGCCCGUCGCGUCGAGAGAAAGAAGCCUGGUCACGUCAAGGCCCGCAAGAUGCCUACCUGGGUCAAGCGUUAA